UACUGUGUGAGCUGUGAUUGGUCACAGCUUGUCACAUGGUACAAGGCUGUUGUGAAUAGCCUUGUACCAUGUGACCUCUGUGAUCAUUCACAGAUUUCACAUGUAGUAAGCAAUGAUGUCAGAAGUGAGAUCUUGCUUACUACUCUUUAUGUGAUCACUGAUUGGCCAAUCAGUGAUCACAUGAUCGGGACCUCUCACAGAGGUCCCGUACAACGAUCGGUGCUCCACUGUGUCCAGAGGACACAGCGGGCACCAGAUUGCGGUGCUGCAUGCUCCCAGGGAGUGCGCACAAGCAGGGAGGAUGUUUAUAAAUGGCCACCCGACCCUGCACUGCCACCGUCUGGCCGUUUAUAUACAUGGGCCGGAUGAGAGGUGGUUAA